GUGCUAAAAGAAGGAAGGUUUUGGGGGGUUUGUUUCUUUUUCCUAAAAUCCGCAGAGGGACGCCAUGGAAUCAGAGCUUUUGCUACCGGUGGAGCCACAAUCUCUGAAAAAACUAAGUUUUAAAUCAGUAAAACGCGCUCUUGAUCUCUUUUCACCUCUUCACUCUCAAUUACCCCCCUCUGAUCCUCUCAGCAAGAAGAUACGUAUCAGCCAUAAGAUAGAUGUUGAGUAUGGUGGAAUAAAAGCGUCUUCGAAUCAGCCUGCGAAGAACACGUCGCAGAGUCAAGUUGCGCCAUCUAGCUCAACUGCUCUUGCUAGCAGGUCCUGAAAAGAAGAGUGGUACUCAGAGUGAUUUGUCCAUUACUCCUGCUAUACCAAAGAGCAUAGGUGAUGGUAAUAUGAAUGCCAAAAGUACUGCUGUCAUUCCUGCUCACGGGACUUCAGACAGGAAUCUCUCAACUGCAGCCCUUAUGGAGAGAAUCCCUAGCAGGUGGCCGCGUCCUGUAUGGCAUGCUCCAUGGAAGAACUACAGAGU